AUGAGCCUUACCAGCGGGGCCUGUUUGGAGAGUGAUAGAGUGGGGGAGGCGGGAGAGGUACACGGAGGGAGAGUGGGAGUGAGGGAGAGGGGAGGGGGAGAGCACUUGCAGGAAGCGCGUGCGUAAGUGUUGGCCCAGGAGAUGGAAUCUGGUGUGUUUGUUCUGGUGUAAUGCUCCCCUGCUGCAGGCCCCAUCGCUCACUCUGAGAGGGGAGGGCAGCAGGCCGAGAGAGAGAGAGGGAAUGCUGCUGGAGAGAGGGAAAGUUUGACAGGGAGAGAGAGGGGGAAAGAGAGGGGGGAGGGAGAAUGCUGGAUAGAGGGAUUAUUGGAGAAAGACAGGGAAAGAAAAUGUCAAAAAGGGAGAGGGAGUCAGUUUGGAAGAGAACAAGGGAAAGAGCGGGACAGAAUUGGUUAGAGGCAGAGGAGAGGAACAGUUGAAAAGAAAGACAGUGUGCUGUCUGGUUCACCUUCUGGCCAUCAAUCAAUCAAAUGUAUUUAUAAAGCCCUUUUUACAUCAGCAGAUGUCACAAAGUGCUAUACAGAAACCGAGCCUAAAACCCCAAACAGCAAGCAGUGCAAUGCCAUGUUGUUCUUGUGUUAGCAGCAGUACCCUGCUACAUCCUUUUAGACAUGUUCUUGUUCUUGUUUUCAUAGUUAUGUGGUCUCAGUUUCACAAGCCCAACUCGCAGUCAGGACACAGGAUAAGAUCUGCUAUGAUUCUUAAAGAAAAAAAGUAUUAUCGUCAUGGAGACAAAUCAUUGCUUGACAGAAUAAAGCAGUGGUGGUCGUGUGUCUCGUUACAGCACAUUGUCUGUUGACACCUCCACUGUGCUUAGCCUACAGACACCUACUGUAUGAGGAUAAGAGGUUUGAAGCCCACACACUUUCUUAGACAUGCACACAAGCACACUAGCUAUAUCCGGCACACACACACACACUCAAACACAAACAUACUCCUACCCAAGGGGUCUGUAACUUCCCUCUGUACACGAUGAGAUAUACAAGCCCUUGCCCUUUCCUGUGGCCAAACAAACAGGCGUGCCAGGGUUGGGGAGUGGAAAUGCUGGGACAUACUCUGGCCUGCAGUGUGCUCGGCCAUUACGUAAGCAUGACUGUGGUCCUCAACCCUGCCUCAGCUCUACUACCGCUGCUACAUCGCUUCCUUCCACUUGCUCUGGAUCAGAAGUCUGGGUUCACAAUCUGGAGACCAUUGCGCAUGGGAAAUUACAUUGUGUGGGUGUGUGCAUGCCUGCCUGAGUGUGUGCAAGACAGCAAAGGCUGUAGUGUUGUCAAAGUAAAUGUUUCUAAUACAUGCUUUUAACCAGGUUAUUAGUUGUACUUUGUAGCCCUUUGUCUGUUUUAUAUGAAUCAGUGUGCGCAUGACCACAUUGGUGCACUUGGGAUUAUGUGCACAUGCUCCCAGGCUACCAACUGUGCCACUGUGACACACCAAAGUGGAGUGUAUUAGCAAGAUAAAUGAUGCAACCUCUGGCUUUUCUCAGACCGUCCCACCAAGCGCCCCAGAGAAUGUUGGGGCUUGCAUACCAUACUUCCCUGGUCCUGGUAUUUCUACUGUAAUCUACAUUCAUGUGGAUCAUGUCUUCAUGGGAUGACAGGGCUCUCUUAUCUGGCUUAGAUGUGUGUUUCUCUCUUUCUUUAUCUCUCCGUCUGUCUGAGGGAGCAUUUCCUCUGACCAUCUUCCCCGGCCUCGCCAGCCCCACCACUCCCUUCCCUCUUUCCUGGAGAAAAAAAACAACAACAAAAAACAGACGCGGAAAGCGAGACGAAGCAGAUAGCCUCAGAACGCAAUGUGUAUGUUUGACUGUCUGUUUUAAAUCGAUCAUGUUUCUCGUUGGAAAAAUGGUCUGUUGUUCUGUUUCAGGUGACCACAGCAUGCAUCCCAGCUCCCCCGUCUGAUCUGGUAAAUUGACCCCUCUUUCUCGCUCUCUUUAAAUAGUCCUUCAUUCCUUCAAUUUAUGAUAUAAACAACAAGCUGUAACCAUCCCUAAAUCUGCAGUGCUGUUGGAAAAUGGCAGAUGCCCCUCUUUUCCUUGGCUAGUAGAGUGGGCUUGGUUUGUUCUUGGAUGAGAGUGUUGUCUAGAAGUCAGGUUGCUACAAGAAGUAGUAUAGGUGGGCCUUCAGGAAGGAAGCCUGUUUGUUGAAUUACCGUAUGUCUCCCCUUGUUGCCCACAGCAGCGCAGAGGGACAGCUCCAUCCAGACACAUCCAACACCUGGUAAGAGGACUUUUCCAGACACACUUUUCUCACUUCCCCUCCACUGUUCUUCUCAUCAGUGUCAGAAAUGGUGCUAAUUUAAUUUAUCUCUGUCUUCAGGGCUCCACAAAGUCUCUGACUUACACCAAACAGAGGACCACCCUCCCCAGGUAACACAGCUCUCUAUGAUAACCUAAUUCAAUUCAUUAUUUCACAUAUCCGCUCUCUCUCUCUGGAGGAGGAGGAGGAGGAGGAGGAAGAGGAGGAGGAGGAAGGAAAGGUACUGGAUGAUUAAGAGGAGGAUUUCACACUGAAUCCUAUCUCCUCCUCUUCAUUCUCUUCUCUUUCCCAGUCUCUCCCUUUUUCUGUUUUCACUCCUCCUUCAUUCCCUCUCUUUAUCUCUGUCAUUCUACAGCUCCUCUCAUUAUCCAACUGCACUUCCUCCUAGAUUGGGAAACGCUGAGUUAAUUUAAGGGAGGCUGAAAAUGAAAGGUUUCAGUGUUGUUGUUUUAGAGCUCAAAGCAGUAACAUAACAUCAAUCUGUAGACCACUGCAUAAACCCUUGCGUUCUCCCUCUGGUCAGGAGUUUCAGUGUGGACCGUGUGAUGGAAAGAGUCAUGGAGGGCCACUAUGACUUUGACCUGACAUAUAUCACAGAGAGGAUCAUCUCCGUGUUCUUCCCCCCUCUGCUGGACGAGCAGCGCUACCGUCUCAACCUCAAGGAGGUGACCGCCAUGCUCAAGUCCAAGCACCAGGACAAGUUUCUGGUGAGUACAGUAUAUCCUGCUACUGUAGACAUGGGCUAGGUUCAAAUAUCUACACUACUAUAAUACCACUCCAAAUGAAGGAAUGCAUUGGGCAUGCAUUCUAAGUGGUGUGCUGGUAUGGAUUUUGGAACGUAGCCAUACACUCAGUGAUGCUAUCAUAUGUGUUUUUAUAGCAACCCAGAAAAGCAACCCAGAAAAAGGUUAAAAAUAGCCUACAUUAACAUAUGUAGCCUGAGAAACAAGGUUCAUGAAAUCGCUAACUAACUAACAUCAGAUAACAUUCAUAUACUGGCUAUCUCGGAAACUAACUUAGAUAAUUCCUUUGAUGAUACAGUGGUAGCAAAACAUGGUUAUAACAUCUAUAAAAGAGACAGGAAUGCCAAUGGGGGAGGUGUUGCUUUGUAUAUUCAGAAUCAUAUUCCUGUAAAGCAGUGGUCAGCAACCUCCUCUGAGCCUAGAUCACUUUCUGAAUCAAAAUGGAGGCCGAGAUCUAGCGCUCAGAAUUUUUUUUUUUUAAACAUGACUUAAAAGAUGUAAGCCUAUGCAACAUUUACCUAUUAAAAACAGUAGCAAGGAGGUGUGUGCAGUAGGCUAUAGGCUCAAUACAUUAUCACUGCAUAUGUUGUUCUUCUCAGACCAUUUUUAAAUGAUCUAUGAUCAGAAUGGUAAUAUAUCAUUUGUUGUAUUACUUGUGAGGCAUACAUUUAAAUAAUUUGCAGUUAUUUUAUUUUACUGGACUGAUGGUGCUGCAUCUGAUGGUCAGUCAGCGGAGGGAGGGAGAGUUUAGUUUGGUUCAUUAGCAUCCCCAGUAGCUACUGCACAACAUAAAACGUACAAAUAAAUGACAUGACAAAAUACAGAACAGGUAUAGACAAGGACAUUCAAUUCAAAAUAAAAAUAAUAGUUAUAUAUUGGAAAGACAUCAAGAGACAACAAAGUACUAUUUACACACUAUUCAUAUACACAUAUUCAUAUCCUUAUAUAAAGUACAGUUAAAUUCGAUCUUUAGAAAGAGGAGAGGCGCUGUGAUACGAGAUUCUUUAUUCUGUUUUUUAAAGCUAAACUUGCUUUUUGCCUGAGUAACCUCUGGUGGCUGAGCAGUCCAUGAUGGCAUGGCUCUAUACAUAACUGAAUUACGCAUUAAAUCUGUUUUUGGUUUGGGUACAGUGAAGAAACCCAUAGUGGCAUGUCUGGUGGAGUAUGUAUGUCUGUUUGAAGUGUAUGCAAAUAGAUUAUAGUGGUUAGGCAUUUUCAACAAAUGUUUGUUAAAAAGACUAGAAGAGAAGUAAUCAAUUUCUCCUCAAACCUCAACCAUGGAAGACUAUCAUGCAUGUUGUUGAUGUUAGUUCUGUAUGUGCAGUAUGUAUGUGCAAGGCGUGCUGCUUUGUUUUGAGCCAGCUGCAGCUUUGCUAGGUCUUUCUUUGCUGCACCUGACCAUAUUACCGGACAGUAAUCAAGAUGGGACAAGAUCAGAACAACUAGUACAGUCGAUAUUUGGGGACAUACCUCUCCCCAUCUUCACAACAACUUGGUCAAUAUGACUUGACCAUGAUAACUGACCAUCCAAUGUUACUCCUAGGAGUUCAGCUUCUUCAACUUGUUCAAUGGUCGCACCCUUUCUCCAGUUGAGGUUUAGAGAAUGCUUUGAACCAAAUACAAUACUUUUGAUUUUAGAUGUAUUUCAGACCAGUUAAUUGUUAAUUACCCAUUCUGGCACUGACUGUAACUCCUUGCUAAGAGUCUCAGUGAGCUCACUGGCUGUAGGUGCUGAUGUGUAGAGUGUGCAAUCAUCAGCAUACAUAGUCAUUUUAGCUGCUUGUAAGACAAGUGGCAAAUCAUUUGUAAAAAUAGAGAAGAGUAACGGCCCAAGGCAACUGCCCUGAGGGAUACCACACUGUACAUAUCUGAUGUUAGAGAAGCUUCCAUUGAAGAACACGCUUGGAUAAGUAACUCCCCAACCAUGUGAUGGCAGGUGAUGUAAAGGCAUAACAAGUGAGUUUUUUCAAUAACAAAUUAUGAUCAAUAACAUCAAAGGCUGCACUGAAAUCUAACAAUACAGCUCCAACUAUCAUCUUAUUAUCCAUUUAUUUUAGCCAAUCAUCUGUCAUCUGAGUCAGUGCAGUACAAAUUGAAUGCCCUUCCUUAUAUGCAUGCUGAAAGUCAGUAGUUAACUUGUUCUUUGAAAAAUAGCAUUGUAUUUGUUCAAACACAAUGUUCUCCAUCAGUUUACUAACAACAGGCAGCAAACUGAUUGGUAAUCUGUUAGAGCCAGCAAAGGGUGCUUUUCUAUUUUUAGGUAGUGGAAUUACUUUAGCUUCCUUCCUUGCCUGUGGACACACACACUCCUUUAGGCUUUGGUUAAAUACAUGGCAAAUAGGGGUGGCAAUACAGUCUACUACCAUUCUCAAUAGUUUCCCAUCUAGGUUGGCUAUACCUGGUGGUAAGUAUUUUCUAUUGCUUUUAUGUAAUUUAUCUUGUUUAGGUAAUAUCAUUUAUUUAUAAAAAAAAAUUACGUUUAGUCACAAAAUGUAUCAAUUGACAGUAUGUCAACCAAUCAGCUUAUCAGCCUGACUUGUUUGCCACCUUUUUUGCAUCAUUUCUUUGAACCAUACAAUUUUUCAAUUCAUCGUCGAUCCUGGGGGCUCCAACAGUUAGUUUCUUAACAGGUGCAUGUUUGUCAACAAUUUGCAACAAUAAUUUUACAAAAACUCCAAGUGCUGCAUCUGGAUUCUCCUCCUUAUACACAUCAGACCAACAUCUUUGACAAAAAAACAUUUUGUAUGAUCUCUUACAAAUAACUUUAGGCCCUGCCUUUGGUACUUUGGCUUUCCUUGUUAUUGCCACAAUGUUAUGGUCACUAUAGCCAAUGGGAACUGAUAUUGCUUUGGAGCAAAUUACUGCAGCAUUAGUGAAUAUAUGAUCAAUACAAGUGGAUGUCACAGAUCCAACACUAGUUGGUUGAGCGAUAACAUGGGUCAUGUUACAGGCAUUAGUCAGAGUAAGAAGCUUCCUCUUGAGAGGACAACUAGAUGAUAACCACUCAAUGUUCAGGUCACAAGAAAAUACAUUUCUCUCUUAGCAUCAGAGACCUUAUCUAACAUAACACACAUAUUAUCCUAGAGAGAGAGAGAGGGAGAGAGAGAGAGACUCAUGUACCAAUUCAUGUUGUUACUCGUAUGACCAAAGAACGUGAAAUACUCCUCGAUAUUAGAAAGAAACAAGCCGUUAAUAACAACGCAAGUCUAUCGAUACAUGAACUCACUCAUAAAAACAGCAGCUCUUUGCUGUAUUUUUUGACAGUCUCUCUCUAGUCAUGGUUAACACUUCGACUACCCGGCGUGCAGGGCAGCUGAAUCAACUGCACCUACCGCCAACAGCGCAAAACUAAUAAAAAAAUAGGAAUGCAAGUCUUUAUCGUUGGGCUUUUUACAGAAAUAUUUGCAGAUCGACUGGUUGGUGAGAGGAUAGAGAGGAUCUCAUGUCAAAUGCUGUUGAAGUAAUAUGGCUACAGAUUCACCUGCCUCACCUAAAGCCUGUCCUUGUGGGAAGUUCCUAUAGAGUACCUAGUGCUAACAGUCAGUAUUUGGAUUAUAUGUGUGAAAUGUUUGAUUGUGUAUGUGAUAUCAACAGAGAGGUAUAUUUUCUGGGUGACCUAAAUAUUGACUGGUUUUCAUGAAGCUGUCCACUCAACAAGAAGCUUCAAACUGUAACCAGGGCCUGCAAUCUGGUUCAGUUUAUCAGUCAACCUACCAGGGUAUUUACAAACAGCACAGGAAUGAAAUCAUCCACGUGUAUUGAUCGUAUCUUUACUAAUGCUGUAGCCUCUUCACUCCGGGAGACCUGUAUCGUUACACAUUGAUCUCCCGUCGCUGAAGGCGAAAUCCCGUACCCAAAAAUAUAUUUACAAGCCUUCUGGUUAAUUAUUUACGAUAAACCUUUCCCGUCACCGAAAGCAAAUCUAUAAUCCGGAAUGCCUUACCAGUUGUUUCGGACUAUACAAUGUGUGAAAAUAAGCGUUUAAAUAAAACUUUUCCAGAGUUAGCCGAAUUCACACCAUAUCUCCCUAAAGGUGCGCUGCCAUCUUGGAUCACGCGGUAGCAUUACGGAGUAUGGGGACUAGGGAGUAAGCUUUGGGAUAAAUAAAAAAUAGUGUUUAUUUUUACACCUUGUAUAGCCCGAAACGACUGGUAAGUCAUUCCGGAUUAUAGAUUUGCCUUCGGUGCCGGGAAAAGUUUAUCGGAAAUAGGUAAACCAGAGGGCUGGUAAAUAUGUUUUCGGGGUACGGGAUGUUGCCUUCAGUGACGGGAGAUAUGUGUAGUGUACAGUUCUCUCGGAGUGAAGAGGCUACUAAUGCUGCAGAAAUCUGCUUUAAAGCAGUAUCCACACGCAUCGGAUGUAGUGAUCAUAAUAUAGUGGCCAUAUCUAGAAAAAGGUUCCAAAGGCUGGGCCUAAAAUAGUGUAUAAGAGAUCAUACAAGAGGUUUGCUAGUGAUUCCUAUGUUGAAGAUUUAAAAAAUAUUUGCUGGUCUGUUGUGAGUAAUGAGGAGCAACCAGACACCGCACUUGACAUAUUUAUGAAAUUGCUUCUUCCAGUUACUGAUAAGCAUGCACCCAUUAAGAAACUGACUGUUCAAACUGCUAAAUCCCUGUGGAUUGGUGAGGUAUUCAGAAACUGUAUGGUUGAGAGCGACGAGGCAAAAUGAAAUGCAAAAAUGUCUGGCUGCACAGCCGAAAGGUUAACCUACUGUAAAUUGAGAAAUCAUGUGACUAAACUAAACAAAAAGAAGAAGAAACUGUACUACAAAACAAAGAUAAAUUAUAUAAAGGAUGACAGAAAAAAGCUUUGGAGAACCUUAAAUCACAUUUUGGCCAAAAAGGCGACCUCCGCUCCAUCCACUGAAUCAGAUGGCUCAUUUAUCACAAAACCCUCUGAUACUGCCAACUACUUUAAUUACUUUUUCAUUGGCAAGAUUAGCAGACUUAGGCAUGACAUGCCAACAAAAAACUCUGAACAUUCAUAUCCAUGCAUAACUGACCAAAUAAUGAAAGACAAGCAACAUAAUUCUGAAUUCUUUAGUGAGUGUGGAAAAGGUGAAAACAUUAUUGCUGUCUAUCAAUAAUGACAAACCACCUGGUACUGACAACUUGGAUGGAAAAUUACUGAGAAUGGUAGCAGACUAUAUUGCCACUCCUAUUUGCCAUAUCUAAGCCUACAGGAAAGUGUGUGCCCUCAGGCCUGGAGGGAAGCAAAAGUCAUUCCGCUACUCAAGAAUAACAAAGCACCCUUUACUGGCUCAAACAGCAGACCAAUCAGCCUGCUACCGACCCUUAGUGAACUUUCGCAAAAAAUGGUGUUUGACCAGAUACAAUGCUAUUUCACAGUAAACAAAUUAACAACAGACUUUCAGCAUGCUUAUAGGGAAGGGCACUCAACAUGUACAGCACUGACACAAAUUACUGAUGAUUGGCUGAAAGAAAUUGAUAAUAAGAAGAUUGUGGGAGCUGUUGACAUUAUCGAUCAUAAUCUGCUGCUGAAAAUACGUACAGUGGGGAGAACAAGUAUUUGAUACACUGCCGAUUUUGCAGGUUUUCCUACUUACAAAGCAUGUAGAGGUCUGUAAUCAUAGGUACACUUCAACUGUGAUAGACGGAAUCUAAAACAAAAAUCCAGAAAAUCACAUUGUAUGAUUUUUAAGUAAUUCAUUUGCAUUUUAUUGCAUGACAUAAGUAUUUGAUACAUCAGAAAAACAGAACUUAAUAUUUGGUACAGAAACCUUUGUUUGCAAUUACAGAGAUCAUAUGUUUCCUGUAGGUCUUGACCAGGUUUGCACACACUGCACCAGUUGCCCUGGCUGUGUGUUUCGGGUCAUUGUCAUGCUGGAAGACCCAGCCACGACCCAUCUUCAAUGCUCUUACUUAGGGAAGGAGGUUGUUGGCCAAGAUCUCGCGAUGUAUGGCCCCAUCCAUCCUCCCCUCAAUACGGUGCAGUCGUCCUGUCCCCUUUGCAGAAAAGCAUCCCCAAAGAAUUAUGUUUCCACCUCCAUGCUUCACGGUUGGGAUGGUGUUCUUGGGGUUGUACUCAUCCUUCUUCUUCCUCCAAACACGGCGAGUGGAGUUUAGACCAAAAAGCUCUAUUUUUGUCUCAUCAGACCACAUGACCUUCUCCCAUUCCUCCUCUGGAUCAUCCAGAUGGUCAUUGGCAAACUUCAGACAGGCCUGGACAUGCGCUGGCUUGAGCAGGGGGACCUUGCGUGCGCUGCAGGAUUUUUAAUCCAUGACGGCGUAGUGUGUUACUAAUGGUUUUCUUUGAGACUGUGGUCCCAGCUCUCUUCAGGUCAUUGACCAGGUCCUGCCGUGUAGUUCUGGGCUGAUCCCUCACCUUCCUCAGGAUCAUUGAUGCCCCACGAGGUGAGAUCUUGCAUGGAGCCCCAGAUCGAGGGUGAUUGACCGUCAUCUUGAACUUCUUCAAUUUUCUAAUAAUUGCGCCAACAGUUGUUGCCUUCUCACCAAGCUGCUUGCCUAUUGUCCUGUAGCCCAUCCCAGCCUUGUGCAGGUCUACAAUUUUAACCCUGAUGUCCUUACACAGCUCUCUGGUCUUGGCCAUUGUGGAGAGGUUGGAGUCUGUAUGAUUGAGUGUGUGGACAGGUGUCUUUUAUACAGGUAACGAGUUCAAACAGGUGCCGUUAAUACAGGUAGUGAGUGGAGAACAGGAGGGCUUCUUAAAGAAAAACUAACAGGUCUGUGAGAGCCGGAAUUCUUACUGGUUGGUAGGUGAUCAAAUACUUAUGUCAUGCAAUAAAAUGCAAAUCAAUUACUUAAAAAUCAUACAAAGUUUUGUAAGUAGGAAAACCUGCAAAAUCGGCAGUGUAUCAAAUACUUGUUCUCCCCACUGUAUGUGUUAUGGCUUUACAUCCUCUGCCAUAUCGUGGAUUGAGAGCUACCUGUCUGACAGAACACAGAGGGUUUUCUUUAAUGGAAGCCUCUCUAACGUAAACCAGGUAGAGUGUGGUAUACCUCAAGGCAGCUGUCUUGGUCCUUUACUGUUUUCUAUUUUUACUAAUGACCUACCACUAGCCUUGAGUAAAGCCUGUGUGUUUAUGUACGCUGAUGACUCAACAUUAUACACAUCAGCUACCACAGCAAGUGAAAUCACUGCAACCCUUAACAAAGAGCUGCAGUCAGUUUUAGAAUGAGUGGCUAGUAAUAAGCUAGUCCUAAAUAUAUCAAAAACUAAAAGCAUGGUAUUUGGGACAAAUCACUUGUUAAACCCUAAACCUCAUCUAAAUCUUGUUAUGAAAAAUUGAACACGUUGAGAAGACUAAACUGCUUAGUUUAACCCUAGAUUGUAAACUGACAUGGUCAAAACAUAUUGAUGCAACGGUUGCUAAGAUGGGGAGAGGUAUGUCAGUGAUAAAGCGCUGCUUUGCUUUCUUGGCAUCGCAAUCAACCAAACAAGUUCUACAGGCCCUAGUUUUAUCAUACCUGGACUAUUGCCCAGUUAUAUGGUCAAGUGCUGCAAAGAAGGACAUAGGCAUAUUACAGUUGGCCCAGAAUAGAGCAGCAUAGCUGGCCCUUAAAUGUACACGGAGGGCUAAUAUCAUGAACAUGCAUGUCAAUCUCUCCUGACUCAAAGUAGAGGAGAGAUUGACUGCAUCACAACUUCUCUUUGUGAGAGGUAUUGACGUGUUGAAAGCACUGAACUGUCUGUUCAAACAGCUAACACAGCUCAGACACCCAUACAUACCCCACAAGACAUGCCACCAGGGGUCUCUUCACAGUCCAGAACUGAAGCUGGGAAACGCACAGUACUACAUAGAGCCAUGACUACAUGGAAAUCUCUUCCGCAUCAGGUAACUCAAGCUAGCAGUAAAAUCCGAUUUAAAAUAAACAGAUAAAACAACACCUCACGGCACAACACAGACUGUGAAGAGACACACUCACACACAUUUUAAUAUUGUAUUGUUGUAAUAUUGUGCAUUUUAUAUUGUAGAUGUGUAAUGGUGGAGAAGUGUCAACUUGUAUAGUGCACAAUGUCUUGUGUGAUGUAUUGUUUUAUUUAUGAUGUAGACUAUUGUUUUGUUGUGAUGUGUUGUUUGGACCCAAUGAAGAGUAGCGGCUGCCUUGGCAGCAGCUAAUGGGGAUCUUAAUAAAAUACUAAAUACUAAUAUGUGCUUUUAUAUGUGAAGCUUGCUAGGCUGGUUGUUGCGUACACACAUCAUUCAUCUCGAAUAUGAAUUUGGCUUUCAGCUCUUCAACCUCUCUGAACGACGCCAUGACAUCACCCGCAUGAAUCCAAAGGUAUAACUUUUUUAAUUUUCUGUAUCAAUUCUGUAUCAGUUCCACUUUCUGUGACUAAUUAUAUAACAUACUUUUUCUAUCUUCCUCACUAUUUUCCCAUGACGUCAAGGUCCAUGACUUCGGCUGGCCUGACCUCCAUGCCCCUCCCCUGGACAAGAUCUGUGCCAUGUGUAAGGCCAUGGAGACCUGGCUGACCUCCGACCCCCAGCAUGUGGUAGUCCUGCACUGCAAGGUCAGGGUUCGGUCUACUUUUGACUGGGUUUUAAAUGGUUGUUCUGUUGUUUUAGUGGCUUUUAAAGAAAACACAAAAAAACAGACUGCUGGGUUUACCCAGAUGACUUGCACUCACUUUCCAGAAGCUCUUUCAUAUAUUUAAGGGCAAUAUGUAAUCUCAUCUUUGUAUCUUUUCACUGUGAAGUGUUGAAAUCGCUGUGAAGUUCGGUGGUCAAAAUGUUCUUAUAAGGGUAGUGAUGUCCAUAUAUCUUUACAAAAGUAAUAAUCAAUUUAAUGCCUCAUGCCUUAGGCUAAAAACAGUUGGUAUUUUAUGUCCUGAUGGCACGGAUCUUCCUCUUCCAGGGCAACAAGGGCAAGACAGGAGUGAUUAUUGCAGCCUACAUGCAUUACAGCAAGAUCUCUGCAGGGUAAGUGUCCUGUCCUGCAUCCAAAGCCACAGUUUCCACGCAGAGCAUGGUUUAAGGCUGUAGUAAUGGAAACUGGCUUAUUCUUUGGCUCAAGCCAGCUGCAUUCAUGUACUUCUGGCUCUUAGAGAGCCUGGUCUUAAGCCCAAAAUGGGAAUGUUAUGUACAUUUUGUAUAAUACUCUCUAUGAAGUGUGUAUUCUUCUUGUGCAGUGUGUCGCUUUAAUUCUGUGUUUGUGUGUUUGAGCAGGGCAGACCAGGCCCUAAGCACACUGGCCAUGAGGAAGUUCUGUGAGGAUAAGGUCUCGUCCUCCCUCCAACCAUCCCAAAACAGGUAAGGACCAUCUACAGACAUUUUUGUCUAUAUCACUAACCAACAAACAAGCCCCAUGUUUUAAUUUUUUUUGUCUUAAGUGAUGUAGGCUAACUACCCCCCCCCCCCCCCCCCCUCAGGUAUAUCUACUACUUUGGGGGGCUCCUCUCUGGGGCAAUCAAGAUGAACAGCAGCCCGCUGUUCCUCCACCAGGUCCUCAUCCCCACACUCCCUAACUUCCAGGGUGAAGGAGGUGAGGCCAUGCGAGGGCACUACACACUUGUUCCCCCUGACUGACACUUGGUUAUUCCCAUCCUCAGAUAAGACCACUCAUGCACCUACCUCAGGGAACUGAGUCGGUCUUGAGUCUGUGUUUACAGGAGACUGUUGUGUGUGCGUGCAUGUAUGUGUGCGUGCGCCAGGUGUGUGUGUGUGUCUAUAAGUGCAUGUCUCUGCACAAGGCUCUGAGAUAUGGCCCUGUGAAUGUCAGCAGUGUUUUCACAUGGUCAAAUUCACCCUCCACCCACACACUGGCCUGUUUAUCUUUAAUCGUAUGACAAAGGACAUGGGGAGAGACAGUCAACACAUUCCACUGUGUAACGCUGAACACCGCCUCUCUUUAUCGUUGCCCAGGUUACUUCCCCUUCCUGAAGAUCUACCAGUCCAUGCAGCUGGUCUACACCUCAGGGAUAUAGUGAGUCUGCAUCACUUUAUGUCCUACAGUAUUAUUAACCAACACCACUGACAGAAAAGCCAUCUCUCUAACAUACUGGACAGGAUGUGCCUUUACUUUUCCCUAUCUGUUUGUAUUCAUAUGUUGUGUGUUGUCCACAGUGACUUGCAGGGUUCCGGGGGCAGAAGACUGUGUGUGACCAUUGAGCCUGCAUUGCUGCUGAAGGGAGACAUCAUGGUAAAUCUGAAUCAGACAGACAGUCUGAGUUAAGUCACUGCCUUGCCAAUGCCUGUUCAGAAAGUAGCAUGAUUCUCUUCUCCUCCAUCUCAUCUGUUGUUCUGCUCCCUCCCCACCUCUCUGUCUCCCCUUGCAGGUGAAAUGUUACCACAGACGGGCCCAGAGUGCAGAGAGAGACACAGUGUUCAGACUGCAGUUCCACACCUGUACCAUCCACGGGGCACAGCUGUGGUUCGGCAAGGGGGAGCUGGAUGAGGCCUGUACUGGUAUGGAUGGGGAGGGUCUGGGGAGAGGGCAGAGAAAGGCUCCUCUUGAGACAUGUAUGGAAAGGGUUUAUCAUCAAUACAAGGCCUGCUUGACAGUAAUGGUUAAGCCAGUGUGGAACAAUAAAGCUUGUUGGUUCAAUGUGGUGGUUAAGAGAAGUGGAAAUUACUAUAUGGAACCGAUGUGUUAAAAUGAAUCCCUCAGGGUUCAUUACUUAAUUGUAUAAUGAACACACUAAUUUCCUAAUUCCCCUGUUUUUAAUUUCUGUUAAAUUACUUCCAGCUGAAAAGUUGUGGCCUGUACUGAAAAAGCACCAGGGGAUUAUGUGGCAGUAAUUAGCCCAAUUGAACCAACCAAGCCACUCUAAAGGAAAACAUGAAAACGCACCCGAUAGAUGUGGUCAUUUCUUUUCUCAGAUGAACGAUUCCCCUCUGAUGCAACUGUAGAGUUUGUCUUUUCCUCUGGACCAGAGAAGAUCAAAGGUUUGUUCUUACUAUGUGUCUCUUCUUCAACUCUCUCAUUUCAGGAGAACUUACAAUCUAACAGUACCAGUGAACACAAUACCAAGUUUGUAUUAAUGUGCUUGUGCUUAAUCAUAUGUUUAAUCAUAUGCACUAUCCCCUCAGGGCGUGAGUACCAGAGGAAUGACCCUGCUGUCACAGUGGACUACAACACAGCUGACCCAGUGGUGCGCUGGGACUCCUAUGAGAACUUCAACCAGCGCUACCAGGACAGUCUAGAAGGUACAGAAAGCCUCCCUGAAUUUCUGAUGGGCCCUAUCUCAAUCAUCCAGCUUAAAGUAACUGCCCAGUGAAAAUAUCACUUUUAAAAGUUCAUAUUUUAUUAACUCAUAUCCAAAUAAUUUUGUUGACUCAUCCUAUACUCAUAUUGGUGGCCAAAGCAUACAUUUGAGGGGUGGGAAAACACUCAAAAACCCCACUUCAAACUUGUAUCUCAAACCAGAGAGGAAGAGUCAAAGUGGGAGGGAUAACUUGGCCCAAAAUCUGUCUUCUCCAGCAGGUGGCAUUUAAAAAUGUUUUGCUCACUAAGCAAAAGGUCAAUGAGAGUGUCGAAUUUGGUCCCAAAAUAAUUGUAUAGCUUAUUUGCUACGUGAGGUUUAUUUUAUCUAAUAUACGUUUUGUAAUGCUUAGGUAGUUACGAGUGUACUGAUAUAAGUAGGGCAUCCCAGCAACUAAAAAAAAAAACUUUUAGUGCUAUAUGGAAUCCUUGGGAUGACCCUAAACCCUAACCUUAACUGGUACCUUAACCAUUUUAAAUGUCAACUUCAAUGGGGGGUAGGGACGUCCCAACGAUCCCGGAUAGCAAGGACUGUUAUGGUUGGUCACAUGCGUAUCUGCCCUCUCAUUGGCUAGAAUGGUCCCACCUUAACAUUGCCUCCUCCUGACUGCCUUCCAUUUUUGAAGACAUUUAUUUUUAUUGUUAGACAGCCAAUGGAGUAUCUGGUCAAUAAAAUUGAACUGUGCUCAAACAGACCGUUUAAAAAAGGCUUGCUAUUUCCUCAUAGAAUAUGAUGCCAUCUCCCUGAGGAGGAUGAGCUGGCCAAUCAGUGGUCUAGAGGAUGAGCUGGCCAAUCAGCGGUCUACUUGCGUGUAUAUUUUUUAUGACCGGUAUACGCCCACACCAUUCUGUUGUUGGGGUACGCCCACACCAUUCCAACACAGCUGAUCUUUAAGAUACUUAAUUUAAACUAUUUGGAAAUAAAAAUAUUUUGCUUAUAUUGUAAAUAAUUAUAGGUCAUAUUUCAUAGAAAUCUGGAAACACUGGGCAAUUACUUUAAGGCUAUACUGUUGAUACUACUGUACUAGGGAAGGGGAAAGGAGGAAGAGAGAGAGAGAGAGAGAGAAGAGAGAGCGAGAGAGAGAGAGAGAGAGAGAGAGAGAGAGAGAGAGACGAGAGAGAGAGAGAGAGAGAGAGAGAAGAAGAGAGCGAGCAGAGAGAGGAGAGAGAGAGAGACGAGAGGAGAGAGAGAGUAGAGAUCGCUCUAUCUCGAGCUUCUCUCUAUCUCUACUCUAUCUCUCUCCUCUCUAGCUCAUCUCUCUUCUAUCUCCUCUCUCUACGUCUUCUUACUCGCUCUAUCUAUCUCUCUCUCUCUCUCUUCUCUCUCUCUCUUCUCUCUCUCUCUCUCUCAGACAUAGCCCACACCAGGGGUCCAGUGGAUGGCAGUCUGUACGCCCAGAUAAAGAAGCGUCGUUCAGGCCCAGGUUCAGGCUCCCUGACCUCCACCAAUGGGAGUCCAGCAGGCACCAGCGAGGAGAGGCCAAGUCAGAACCAGCUCCUCUCCCCUAGCUCUGACUCUCUCACUCACUCCGGCCUCUCUAGCCACUCUGCCCACUCGUCGGCCCUCCCAGAGCGUCCAGAAGAGCACAGAGGGCCCCCGCCCCCCACUCGCCAGGAGAAGGAGGAGCUGGAGCGCCUGCUGGGGGGCAUCGAGGGGGAGAGGGACAGCCGGGACAGAGAGAGGGAGACUGCCAUCCUGGAUGACGGGGACUCUUCCUCUCCCUCUGAGCGUACAAGUACCCUGAGGCUGGGCCGCUCCUGUUCCUGCCGGCUGGGCUACCACUCCCAGCACUGUGCCGAGCCCGGUUGUGACCGACUCCACCUCAUUCCCAACGGAUACUGCCUGGACAGAGCCCCGGGCACCAAUGGCCAUCCUGGGGCACCGCCCUCGGCUAACCCUGCCACUGUCCCCUCACACAUGGACCUGUGCCAGCACUACAGUCCCCACUCUCACCCACAUCAGGCCCUGCCUCCCCCUGACCUGGUGUGGGACCGCCAGCAGGGCCCGCCACACUACCUGCACCGCUCCUGCUCUGAGGGACCCUCUCGUCACCCCUCUCUGUGCCCCUAUCCAUCCCAGGAGCUGACCCCCCACUCCCACCCACACACCCUUCCUCCCGGGCGCCUGCUCUGUAGAAGUGAUGACUAUGGGCCGUACCACCAACCUCCCUCACACACCCAUCACCACCCUCACCACGCCAAGCCCUCCGGCCCCUACCACGACAUGCUGCUGCUGGACGGCCUGCCGCCCCCUGGCUGCCCCUGCCGGGACUGCCUUAUCAGGAGGGAGGACUCAGCCUUCCAAGGCCUGCGGCUGGAGCGAGGAGAGAGCUUCCACUGGGACAGAGAGGCAGAGCUGCAACAUCGUGAAGCAGGGCUGAGGAGGGGGAGGGAGUCUGAGCUGCCCCGAGGGGCAGAGAUGCACUGGGAGAGGGAGACAGUGGGACUGAGAAGAGGCAGGGAGAUGUCACUGCAUUGGGACAGGGAGGCGGAGCUCCAAUGGGAGAGGGAGAGAGAGGCCGACUAUUGGCACAGGAGGGCUACAGUGUCUUCCUACGGGCUCCAGGGACACGAGCUCCCUGCCUUCACCUUUGACCCCCUGCCGUCCGGCCACCCUGCGUACCCAGAGGCGUCUCGCUCCCACGCCCACUCCCACCUGGACCUGAAGUACAGUAGCAGCAGCAGUGGCUACCAGACCCCCCACCAGGCCUGCCCCUGCUCCCCCUACCAGCCCUCCCCCUCUGAAAGCAGGGGCUACGCCUCAGGCUACCAGUCUGAGUCCACCUCCCCUCUGCCCCCUCCCUCCACCCUGUCAGGCCCCUGCAGCCACACCACAGGGCCAGCAGACCACCACCCUGAAGCCCACCCUCAGCAGUACCUCUCCGACAGCCAGACAGGUGAGACAACCCCCACUGAACAGGCACUAUGCAAAAUGGGUUUAUUAGCUACAACAUUUUAUAAGAUCAUUUCAUGAAAUUACAUUUAAACCAAUGUAGGAAAUAAUUUGUCAAUUGACCGUUCGGUGUCACAUAAAAUAAUUCACUAUUUUCUCUGUCUUCCAUAAGAUGGAAGGGGGAUGAGUGAGAAUGUGGGUUGGAGGGACCACAUCUCCCAAGGUUCCUUCAAGAGGAUGCAUCGAGAUGCCCAUGUACCGUGUUCCACGCCUUCUGACCGCUCUGGGCCACCCACUCCUGUUCAUACCAGCAGCCCUCUACGCACACAAGAAAGGUAUCAGUUGUGUUGUCUUCUUUUUAACAUCUGCAUGUCACAUGUCAGUCUUGUGUGUCGAUUAAAGACAUGCUCUGGCAACUACUAAGUCUUUUUUAAAUCUUCCACUUUGGGCUGGAUGUGUCAAUGUGUAGUUCAUACAUGUAUAAUCUAUAAUCACUGUCUUACCUCAAUUAGCCACGAAAUCCCUAGUUUGAAAGCAACUGUUUUUCUCAAAGCUGUGCUGCCCCAUUUUCCCUACAUUUUCCCCCACAUGGGCCAGCCCCCUAGCAAUUAAGAGUUCUAGCCAAUGAGCUUCAGCCACUCGCCAUUUGAGUGACAGCUAGCAAGAUGCACACACAGAAGAGCGAGCGAGAGAGCAAUGACUGCACAUAUGUGACGUAGUAGCAAUUUUCGGGGACCACUUUUAGCUCCCGAGCGCUACUUUCAGAACUACUGGCUAAAUAGUAUACAGAAGUACCAGACAAUCUCCUUAAAUAAACAUUUCAAAAUCUAAUGUAAGAAUAUAUUGCAUACCUCUUUAAUAUGACUUUAUGUUUGUUUCAGGCCCAGUCUAGGUGUGCAAGAGUAUGAAGUUCGAUCAACUGACAUAGUCAACAGUGACAUUCAAUCUGCCCAGUCUCAGGAUAGGCCCAAUAGUACUGUUGCUCAGGUGUCUCAGCUCAACCAGCAACACAUCCCUGACCCCUCACAGUCUACAUCCGUGACACCCACACCUUCCCCCACCCAACUCAACAGCCACUGCACCACACUGACACAACCACACUCACCUACAACCAGCCAGCCCAGCAACCACUGCCUCCCUGUAUCACCCACUCAGACCCCCCCUGAGAAAGCUAGCCCAACUGGUCAAGAGACCACCCUUCCUACAGAGACUGCUGCACUGCCUCCUCUUGCCCAGCACCAGCCCCCCAGCCCUGCAACUGGCACACCAGGACCCUGUCCAGGCCAGGGCCAGCUGAACGGAGCAUGUCCACCCAGGGAGCUGACCCCAGAGGUCCCUAAACCCAGCUCCACCCCCACUUCGGCCCAUUCCUCCCCCCAGCCUCCCAUCAGCAGUCUGGAGGGCUCCCCCUCCUCAGAGCCUCCUGUGCCCGGCUUCGCCACCCUGGGCCGUAGGCUGAUGCUGGGCACUGAGCCCCCAGGACCCCUGCAGCACUACCCUGGCAUGGAAAGCAGCGCCAGUGGGCACUCUCCAGCCCCUGAGGUACAUGACACCCCAACCUUCCCCACCUCUGCCACCGGCUGCUGUGCCCAAUCUGUCCCCCAUGUGCCAUACUCGGGCGACACUGCUGUCACCAUCCCCCAGCCCCUACUCCCAGAGAAACGGCGGCAGCCUGCCCAGCCAGGGUCACCUAACGGCGGGGUGGGUACCCUGAGGCCCUCCCUCUCACAGCACCAUGUCACCUUCUCUCCAACGGUGGGGGAGAUGGCACUCCCUGCAGGCCAAGGAGAAGGAACUCUAUCUCUGGAGGGGGAGAUGGCAGGCAGAGUCAGUGUUAAGUUUGUCCAGGACAGCUCACGCUUCUGGUACAAGCCUGGCAUCUCCAGGGACCAAGGUAACUUGUUACUUUUUAACUCGUCAUAAAGAAAGCUCUCUGACUGUUAUGCAAUAUGCAUGAAACUUUUUUAAAAUGUAUUUUUUCUGUUUGCCUGUAGCCAUAGCUGCGCUGAAGGAGAGAGAACCAGGGGUGUUUCUUAUCCGGGACAGCAACUCCUUCCAAGGUGCCUAUGGCCUGGCACUGAAGGUGGCCAUCCCGCCCACUAAUGUCAACAACAACAGCAGCAAAGGUAUGACUCAACAACUUCCCGAGCCUUUGCCUUCAUCUCAACACCCUACACUUCCUCGACACAAAGCACUUCAGUUUCAGCUAGCUAAUAGUGUUCUUCAUGUUCUCUCCCUAACACGCACAUGGUAGCCAAUCCAUUAGAGCAGCUGGUGCGACACUUCCUGAUUGAGACGGGACCCCGUGGAGUGAAGAUCAAAGGGUGUCAGAAUGAGCCCCAUUUUGGUGAGAUGUUCAUUAAGAAUAGUAUACUCUCAGUUUUGGGCUAUAUUGUUUGUUUGUUUUUUCAGUAUUCAGUUAUUUAGGCAUUCAGUCAUUUACAGCUAUAUUAUGUUCCAUGGUUGUUGUGCCCAAUGGAUAAUUUAGUCUAAGGGCUCUAUUCAAUCUGUAUCGCGGAAGUUCAGCUUUACAGCGAUAUUUAAAUGUUAAGGCAAUGUUCCCGCAUUAGCAGACACUGCAUUCACAGUAAACGCUGCAUAUGUCGGAUCAUUUGAAAAUUACCUUUCCAUUUCUAUCGCGUAACAAUUCAGCGUUACUGAUUGAAUAGAGCCCUAAAUGUCUCUGUUCCACAGGGAGUUUGUCUGCAUUGGUGUACCAGCACUCCAUCACCCCCAUUUCCCUACCCUGUUCCCUACGGAUCCCAGAAAAAGGUCUGCUGUCACUCACAUUAUGGGCUAUUAUUAGUUAGCCUGCUGGAGUCAUUUUAAUGGGAACCAGUCCCCACCUAAGUAAACAUAAGCUGUUUUAUAAACACUGAUGCUAAGUACACUCACAAUCUAAUCCCUAGACAAUUUGUGCUCAUAAUAGUACAUAGACAUGAUAUGUUUGUAGCACUUUUCACUGAUACAAAAUGCAUAGAAUUACUGACUUCUGGCGAGGUUGAAAUAUUUCUAGCAAUGUCCUCCAGAUGGAGACAGAGUAUAGAUAUUGAUUAAAAUAACUCAUUUUUACAUCCCUGUGUUGCAGAUCCCAUUGGAGAAAUGCAGGCACUGCAGUCGACUGCCAGUAACAUCAGCACUGCUGCAGACCUGCUCAAACAGGGUGCAGGUGAGUUCCCUAGCUUAGUCAGUUGUCAUAAUGUUCAAUCACAAAUGGCUGCAUUACUGCUGUUGUUGGUUUGAGACCCUGUGGUGUGUGACAUAUGAACACCAUGGUGCUUUAUAAUAUAAGAAAUCUUAUAUUUUCUACAGUAUAUAGGGCGUAAAAUAUGUCGUAGUCCAUGCAACUGAUAAUGAUGGAGCAAGUCACAUGUUUUAUACAUUUGUAUAAUGUACCAGUUUUUCUCAUUCAUUCAACAGUGACCUGCCAAUUGCUAAGGAAAAUGCCUUUAGGCCUACCUCCACUUGUAAAUUAAAUCCAUUCAUCUAUCCUCCUGGAUGAAUGGAAAAUUGUUUGAGGUGCAUAAUAUCAAUUUUGUCAGGUUAUUGUUUUUGCUAGCUAGCUAGCUUCGUUAACGUGAGCUGACACUCAGGGGAUGCCAGCACCAAACUAUGUAGACACCCCAAAUAAGCACUGUUUAUCCAUAAAAAAUGUUAAGGCAAUACGCAUGUGCAAACUAUGAUAUCCGCUCAAUGAAAUGAAUGCUAGCAUCUUAGAGAAGGCACCAAAGCCCUAUGCCUGACCUGUCCAUCAACAGUGGCUGGAGUGCAUUUCAAUUAAGAGGAAGGAAGGCACUGGUAGAGCACGGCGCUUGUAACGCCAAGGUAGUGGGUUCGAUCCCCGGGACCACCCAUACACAAAAAAUGUAUGCACGCAUGACUGUAAGUCGCUUUGGAUAAAAGCGUCUGCUAAAUGGCAUAUUAUUAUUUAUUAUUAUACCCUGGCGCCUCUCGAGGUUUUGAUGCAGUUUUAGAACAUUUUGGGAUUUGAGCAUAAAAAACAUCAGAAUCAUUGAGAAAAAAAAUAUUAGAUAAACAAAUAUUUGAAAAUGUUAAUAUUAUAGUUUUUCAAUUUGACUUUCAUAACAGCUAUUUUGAUUAGAUUAUCAUUACAGAGUAGGCACUGCCUGCCCAUCACUGACACACACACAAACAGAGGGUGUUUGAGUAGGCUAACAAAGCCGAAAGUCGGCGAGUGAAGGCGGGGGAGGUGCAUCUGCGACAGACAAAAGUUGGGACACUGGUGUUUUUCCAGCAGCAAGGCUCAGAUCAACAUGGCAGUGUCAACAUAGCUGUUAUUGUUUAUAAAAGUUUUUCUUUUUUAAAUGUUGAAAAACUUUUAUAUACCCCCAUAUCACACACUCACAAACUGAAAACAACAUUUUGUUAGACAGAGAUCUUAAAUAUCACUUAUUUUUAUUCCAUGUAGCUUUAGAAUCAUGGCAAAGGUGGUUCCUGUUUCAGUCACGUCUUUGGUCACAUUCCCUCGGGUGACCCUCGGAUCAACCAAAAACACCCUAAUGAUUAGUUAACUCAAAUUUAUAAAGCCCUUUUUACAUCAGCAGAUGUCACAAAGUGCUUAUACAGAAACCCAGCCUAAAACCCUAAACAGCAAGCAAUGCAGAUGUAGAAGCACAAAUAAUGCCUCCCACAAUGCAGGUGAUGGCUGCAUGGUGCAGUUGGUGAGAAGUACCUGUAGCGACUAAAUCAAAAACUGCAUGACCUUUGUAAAGUUCAUGCAAUCGAUGUCUAGGCACGUCGGACUAUUUUUAUCCCCAUAAUGCAACACACUUUGAAAGGCAGUGACCGACUAGACAAAAUUGAUCUGCUUGAACGCGCCCAGUAUUAGGUAGUGUUAUGGUAAUUUCAGGACUUGAGCAGAUGAUUGUGGAAGAGUGCGCCUCUACAGGGGUGUGGCCUGUGUCUGGCCCUGUGAUGUCACCAGCUGCAGCAGAGUUCCAGAGGCCGGUCGGUUCUCUCCUGUCAACCAGCCAUAGAACAUUCUGGAACACACAGAAUAGAACAUUCUAGAACACAACACAGUAGAACAUUCUAGAACACAUCAGACAGCACUGAAUCACAACACGUUAUUAUAUCACAGUACUGUGUUAAAGCAGUGUUUCUUCAUCCUGGUGCUAGGGAUCCAAUGGGGUGCACAUUUUAGUUUUUGCCCUAGCACUGCACACAUCUGAUUCCACUAUUCAAAGGUUUGAUGAUAAAUUGAUUAGUGGAAUCAGGUGUGUAGUGCUAGGUCCCCUGGACCUGGAAAAGGAAACUCUUACAGCAUGGCUCUUGCAGCAUCAGGGUUGUGAGUUCGAUUCCUGCUGAGAUCACCCAUAUGGAAAUGUAAGCCGGCAUAGCUAAAUACUGUAUAUUACAUCAUUAUAUUAUAUUUUGUGUGUGUGUGUAUGGACAGCACUGUCACACACAAUCACAAACACUCACUCUGCCACGUAUUCCAGCGGUGUCCAUGAAGUGACAUCAGCGUCGGGCAUGAACUUCCUGUUCAUAGGCGUAUCCAAGGUAAUGCUGACAGAGAGCGAGAAAGAUGAUUACAGACUGGUGUGAAUGUGUGGGUGUGUGCCUGUUCGUCUGUGGGCGCGUGCGUGUAUGGUGUGUGUGCGACUUACGGUAGUAUAGUGACAGCAGCAGCUUGUGGGGGGAGGCCACUGUUGGUUCCCGCUAGAGACUGACACAGCUGGUGUACCGCUGCCUUCGCCAUACCAUAACCCAACAUACCUACACACACACGCAGAGGGAGAUAACAAUAUAUGGAAUCUACUGCUCACAUUCUUAAUGGAUGCCAAUCAUAAAAGUAUGUAUGUAUGUGUGUGUGUGUGUGUGUGUGUGUGUGUGUGUGUGUGUACCUGGGGUUCCGGACAGGGCAGCCUGGGCUCCAGACAGUGUGAGCAGCCCCCCUUCUCUCAGGUGUCUGGUUGCUAGGUGACUGGAAAUGGUCGACGUCCACACACUCUGCUUCCACAUCAGAUCACUGUUCUUAUAUACCGCUACACACACACAAACACACACCAGAUCAUUGUCUUAUAAGAGGGCUGAAGAGAGGGAAAGAGAGAUCAGUGGUUGUGUGUGUGUCCGUGUCUGUCUGUGUUGAGCACAGACCUUUAGCCUUGGCGCUGCCCCCGGCCCAUCCUCCCGCCACACACAGGAUGGCAUCCACCUUCUGGUCGCCUAGCAAUGACAACACAUCUGCUGUCACCUAGGCAACAACACACACACAAAUCAAACUUUUAUUUGUCACAUGCGCCAAAUACAACAGGUGUAGACCUUACUGUGAAAUGCUUACAAGCCCUUAACCAACAAUGCAGUUCAAGAAAGAGUUAAGAAAAUAUUUACAAAAUAAACUAAAGUAAAAAAUAAUAAAAAGUAACAAAAUAACAAUAAUGAGGCUAUAUACAGGGGGUACCGGUACCGAGUCAAUGUGCGGGGGUACGGGUUAGUCAAGGUAAUUUUUACAUAUAGGUAGGGGUAAAGUGACUAUACAUAGAUAAUAGACAGCGGAUAGCAGCAGUGUAAAAACAAAUGGAGGAGGAGGGUGUCAAUGUAAAUAGUCCGGGUGGCCAUUUUAUUAAAUUGUUCAGCAGUCUUAAGGCUUGGGGGUAGAAGCUGUUAAGGAGCCUUUUGGUCCUAGACUUGGCGCUCUGGUACCGCUUGCCGUGCGGUAGCAGAGAGAACAGUCUAUGACUUAGGUGACUGGAGUCUUUGACAAUUUUUUGGCCUUUCCUCUGACACCGCCUUGUAUAUAGGUCCUGGAUGGCAGGAAGCUUGGCCCCAGUGAUGUACUGGGCCGUACGCACUACUCUCUGUAGCGCCUUACGGUCAGAUGCCGAGCAGUUGCCAUACCAGGCGGUGAUGCAACCGGUCAGGAUGCUCUUGAUGGUGCAGCUGCAGAACUUUGAGGAUCUGGGGACCCAUGCCAAAUGUUUUCAGUCUCCUGAGGGGGAAAAGGUGUUGUCGUGCCCUCUUCACGACUGUCUUGGUGUGUUUGGACCAUGAUAGUUUGUUGGUGAUGUGGACACCAAGGAACUUGAAACUCUCAAACCUCUCCACUACAGUAUUGAGCAAGUCACUGGUACGUCCUGCUUUAGUUUUUGCUUGUAAGCAGAAGGAUAGAAUUAUGGUCAGAUUUGCCAAAUGGAGGGCGAGGGAGAGCUUUUUAUACUUCUCUGUGUGUGGAGUAAAGGUGGUCUAGUUUUUUUCCCUCUGGUUGCACAUGUGACAUGCUGGUAGAAAUGAGGUAAAACGGAUCCCCGGCCACUAUGAGCGCCGCUUCUGGAUGAGCACACACUCCAUGAUCAACAUGGGCAUACAUAUAUCAACAUGGCCAUACAUACAGUACCUAACACAGACGCAACGCGGCUUAAUGUCCUCGUCUUCUCCCUUAGUCUCCUUCCCUCAUAAUAAUAAUAUGCCAUUUAGCAGACGCUUUUAUCCAAUGCCACUUACAGUCAUGCGUGCAUCUCCUUCCCUUCCCUCCGUGGUGUUGAAGGAAAUAGCUGAGGGAAAGAGACGAGACAAGGAGAGGAGGAGCGGGGAGGGACUCACCUGUUCUGCCUGGUCAGUAAAGGAGUCUGUUGGUUUGACUAGGAUGUUGGCGCUCGCCUCCUCAUUGGCAUUGAUGUCAAUACACGCCACCCACUGGAAACACACACACACACAGUACUGUAGGCAGGGCUGCAAUUUGAGUGUGGCUUCAGCUUGUCAUAUUCUAUUUAUUUAACCUUAGUUCGGUUAAAAGAUCCUUGAGGUUAGAGAGCUCUUUAGCGAGGGGUACCUGGCCAGUUAAGACAGUUCCUAAUUCUACGCCUGGUGGCACUAACGUUACACCUUAACGGCCCAGUUAUACCUGGGGUGUAUUCAUUCCGACGAUUCUGUUUCAAAACGUUUCUUAAACGGAAGCAAACAGAACGAAACGGGGCGCGACCUACCUGAAUUUGUCCAAUAGAAACUCUCGUUUUAGGGGUGUAUCAUUAGUGCGCACACAUUAGCAACCCGUUGCAAAACGUUUGGCAACGAAAACGAGGGUUUCAAUUGGACAAAUUCCUAUCCGUUUGCUUUUGUUUGGUUCCGUUUGUUCCCAGUGAAUGUUACACCUCACAAGAGCUACCAUAAUAAUAACAUUAGAAGUCUGACAGUCGGCAUCCGUUAUAUUUCCAUGCUGUUAAUGUACCUGAAGUUGUUUAAGCUAAUACCGUUCAUUGUAGCUUUACACAGAACAGUUGUCUGUCUGUCAAUUCUCACCCAGUUUUUAGACUUGAAGUAUUGUACACAAGUGGCUCCUAGCGCUCCUUUCCCGCCGUAGAUGAUGACUUUUCGUGCUUCCCCCGCCGCCAUACCUAUAGCUCUGUCUGGUACGUUAACUAGUGUCCAGUAGUCUGUCCGCGGACAGAAAGGGCUGUUGUAGGGUCUAUUAUUAGACUAUAAACUUCUCGGUUCAGACUUUGCUCUUCCACCUGGUCGUCACUAGUUACCGAAGCCACAAUGUCAUAAUUAUGGCUAAACCCCUCCUAUUUUUACAAUCGCUCUUCUUAAAAUCUGAUUUGAAACCUUACUCUUAACUCUAACCACGCUGCUAACAUUAUGCGUAACCUUAAAUUAAGACUAAAAAGCUUAUUUUCUUCAUCAAUGUUUAAGAUUAAUGGCAUUUUUGACUUUCUGGCUGCGGUAACUAGUGACAACCCUUCCACCUCGAUGAUCAGUUCACCCGGAACUAGUUACUAACCAAAUACCGCCCCAGAGCCCGGAGGACCAAUGGAAAUUCUCCAAAGGGAAAUCUGACCAAUCACUAAAGGAGGAGUGUUUAUUUGUACCAGAGGUGCGCUCGUUUAGCCCUGCCGGAGGAUUCGGGACUAUACCUCAGUGGUUGGGACGCCACAAUACUAACUUUCCGUGUGGAACUGAACUGUUCUGAUACCAAUGCAAAAAAGAUAAUACUCAACAAAACACACUGUAAGUAAUUCAUCACUGUGAUGUGAGCUGAUAUAAUUCCUAUGUGAUGCAUAAUGCAUUAGCUGCUAUUGAUACAGUACUAUGUAAUGUCGAAUUUGAAAAUAAACCAUUCUCACAGUUCCCUUCCUGAUUGUUCUGACUGUUCCCUGUCCCACCCCUCUCCCCUCCCGUCCAGCCUGCAACGUGCUCUACCUGAAUUCUGUGGAGACUGAGUCACUGACCGGACCCCAGGCCAUCUCCAAGGCAACCGGAGCCACACUGGCACGAAACCCCCAGCCAGUGGCCACAGUGGUCCACUUUAAAGUGUCUUCACAGGGCAUCACACUGACCGACAGCCAGCGCAGGUAACAUUACCACUGACCAGAUCAUAUGGUCUAAAUGUCACCCAUGUAAGUCGUUAGUGAUCAGCAAACAAAACUGGAAGAAAGGUGGUAUGGAUGUAUUGUGGUAGAUUAGUGGAGAUGAUUGUGAUAUCAAUGGUCACACUAAAUGGUCUUUCUGUCGGUUUGUCUAUAGGGUGUUCUUCAGGAGACACUACCCAGUCAACAGUGUGACCUUCAGCAGUAUCGACCCCCAGGACAGGAGGUGGGCACUGGAGUAGCACACUGACACAAACCAAUCUAAUGUCACAGUCAACCAUGACGUAUAAGAUGAAUUACAUGAAGACCACACUAUUUAUAAACCAUCUCAGCUAACCAUCUAAAAAGAGAAACCAUUGAGCCAUUCCCAUUCUGUCUUCACCAUAUUGAAUUCAUCCUUUGCUGUAAACCUGCGCAUGGAUCUGUGUGUGUGAGCUUGAAUUAAGUGUUUCUGAGUGUGUGUUUGUGUGAGAGAGAUGGAGAGAGAAUGUGUUAUGUGUAUGCCUGGGCAAUGCAGGCCGUGGCUGUGACUGCACCUGUACCCAUGCCUGUGCUUGUUUGAGAGCUCUGUCUGUCAGUGUGGGUCUGAGUCUGGUCUGUCUUUCUCUUUGCUUCAGGUGGACUAACACAAACAGCACAACAUCGAAGUAAGUGCUCUAUGUGUGUUUGUGUACAUGAGUUUGUUUGGGAGUGUGAUGUGUUUGUAUGUGUAUUGAUCGGUGUGACAAGAUGUUUGAUUACCUGCAUGGCAUCAUAUUGCUUUUGUGCCUUGGCCAUCAUCCCAGUAAAUACAGGAUCUGUUGAUCAUGCUCACGGUCACAAAUUCAUGUUCACAAAUAUUCAUGCUCACAGCUUCUGUUUUAUGCCAGUUCAUAGGCUUUAUGUAAAUGUGUGUGGUUUGAUUAUUAUUUAUUUUUAUCGUAUUUUAGCUUAGGAGAUAUUAUCAUAGCCUGAUCCACCAUCCUGACCGCUGCACACUUCACUGAAUCCGAGUAGCGGAACAUCAUGUAAGCUCGCGAGAUCAGAAUGGUCAGAUGAGGCUAAUAUUAUCCUUCUAGGUUCUACCUUCUACUACGGUAACUUUGUUUGGUUACCUGGCCCAUACAUUAGUCAGCCUGUUCCCGUCUAAAGAGUUAGGCCUAGAUUCAAUCAGAUCAAGCAUUAACCGGCGAUAGCAGACAUGGAUGUUUUGGCGGUUUUCGGAGGUGGAGCUGCUUUGGAGCAGCUGCUCCGCUUAACUCGUAUUAGAAGUUCAGAAUGAGAAAGUGUAGGCUAUAUAGAAGUAAUUCCACUGAAAUUGAAAAAUCAUUCAACUAAAUAAUGAGGAUUGCUAUCAUCCUAAUCGAGGUGUAGAUUACAUCUCACAUUCCAGUGUUCAAACUUGUAAACAUGGCUGCAUGGAAUUUCUCUUAAUGCGACUCUGUGCAGCCAAUGGCAAUGUCCGCUUUAGAUAUAAAGCCGGGAGCCACUUAUGGAUUUGACAGCUCUAACACAGUUCCACCACUGACAUAGCCAAAACAACCGCCAAAACGGAUCUGAUUGAAUUGAGCCUUUGAUCAAAGAAGUCUCAGUCAUAAUAUUUAACCAGCAAGAAUGGGCAUCAAUAUGUCUAAGUAGGGGCUUGAUUCAAUCCGGACCGCGGAAGAUCUGCGUUAUAGCGCGAUUGACAUUUAAGGGUAAUUUCCGAUUGCGCCGACAAAUGCAGCGUUUACCAUGAAUGCAGUCUCCGCAAACGCAGGAACAUUGUCUUUAAAUGUCAAUUGCGUUAUAAUGUGGAUCUUCCGCAGUCAGGUUUGAAUCUAGCCCUAGGUGUGUAUUUCCAACCCUCUAAUAUCUAUUUCCUCUCUCCCUCUCCUUCUGUUCAAUAGGGUGUUUGGGUUUGUAGCCAAAAAGCCAGGCAGCAUGGCAGAAAACGUGUGUCAUCUGUUUGCUGAGCUCGACCCAGAGCAGCCAGCCUCAGCCAUUGUUAACUUCAUCAACAAGGUGAUGUUAGGGCCGCAGCGCAGAUAG